AUGGAUGCGGGGUCUGGUCUGAGCGAACCAUACCUGGCACCGAAUCCGGAUGUUGGAAAGAAGAUACUUUCGACUUGCGCUCUAUCUCCCGGGCCCAACCUUGUGCACAACCCUCUCGCCAUGACUUUCAUUUGCGCCUAUUGCAAGCGCUCUUUCAGUAGGAGUGAUGUUCGCCGGAUACACUACCAGAGGUGUAGCGCCCGCAUCUUAGCUAGAGCCCCAAUACCCUCAGCAAUGCGGCAGGGGAGGAAAGCCAAGGCGUGUGAUUCUUGUGCCAGGAGGAAGAGAUCAUGUGAUGAGAAACAGCCAUGCUCUGCAUGCGACAGUAGAAGAGCGGCCUGCACUUAUACACGAUCCAAAGCUGUGGCCGCGGAGUCUCGAGACGGAAAAGCGGAGGACGUGGAGUGCCGUCGUCAACAAGGCGUCUUGGCUCCGGAUGAGGUCGCUUCGACGCCUUCGACCCUACCGGGCUUACAAGACGCUCUUCCUGGCCCAAGUGGUCAAAAUACCACGACCCUCAAUGACUUUCACGAAGGAAUCACGUACGACGCAAUGCAAAUGUUACCCAUGGAUCCGAAUUGUCUCGAUCUACAACAAAAUAGCUGGUUGGUGACGGGAAUGUCGCAUGACAGCUCUUCAUCGAAGGCCGAAAAUCAUCCUGAAGCUUGGUCGCUUGCCCGACCCAAGCCCAAGAACGCGCUGCCAUUCCUACGAAACUUCGCCUCAUCAAAGGGCAAAUCAACCUUGUACGCAUUUACCUACAUCAGCUCGGACAACAACGAAUGUAUCUCGGAAUCCACCGAGCUGCAAAAUUUAUGUGAUGCGUACAUUCCUGGUGAUCCUGCAUUACUCGGAGCUCUCUUUGGUAGUCGCCCCGAAGCUCUUGAACAUAUUUCCUGGCCGGUUGGUCCAUUGGAUCUUGGAUAUAUGGACCCAACCAGCUACUCAUCCUUCACUUCUAUCAUUCCCAACCCCAGCAACUUUACCGAUGGCUUUGACAUCGCAGACUGGAUCACGGACCCAAUGUUCCCGAGGUCUCGGGAGAUCCUCAUGAGAUUUCAACAGUUGCGCCUACCUGAGAUGGCGCCCACGACCCCAAGAGUCACCGUUACAAAGAUGUCCCCGGAAGACCGCGAGUGUUUGCGGUUCUUCAGCCCUCCCAACAUCCACCGCCUCCUGGCCUCUUUCUGGAAGAACUGGUCUCAUCACUGCAUGAUCAUCCACCGUCCGACGUUUGAUCCAUUGACCACAUCCGUCUCGCUGCUCCUGAUCAUGGUCCUGCUGGGCGCUGCGGUAUCGCCAGAAAUUACUGACGGGGAGCUCGCGGAGCGCUACUUUGGGGCUGGGGAACAGAUCGUCUUUCAGGAGCUGCUGAAGCAUCAGAAUCGUUGUAUGGCAGGAAUAUCUCUGAAUAAGGUCGACAAGCCAACUGCACUUCAAGCUGCAUUAUUAGCAUGUUGUCUACAACACUGGGGGGGUGACAGUGAAGCGAGAACCCGAGUGCGACGUUCCAACUUCUACAUGCUCGUCGAUUCUGUUCGAAGUUUUGGCUUUCCCAAAUUGAGCCAAGAGAUCUAUAACGAGCGUAAUCUGCUCAGUGACUUUAAUUGGAAUCGAUAUGUCGCCACAGAAGAACUGAAUAGGACUUGCAUGUACAUCUUUCUCGUCGACAGCUCGUUCGUCAUUUUCAACAACUCGACUACGAAAACCCCCCUCCAAACCUUUCCUUGCCGCCUCGUCUCUCCGCCAGCGUGCUUCGAGGCCGAGACUGCAGAAGAUUGCUAUCGACAUCUAGAGAGUUGCCGUACUUCCAACUACGCGCAUACCACCUUGAUAGAGGCCGUUGAGACCUUCCGGAUGAACAGCAUGACCGACAAAGCCUACUCGAUGUUUAUGGGCCUCGACAGUCUCAAUCUGUUCGCGAUCCUCAGCGGUAUCAUCAAGGAGUUCACAUGCACUGACAUACGACCUUUUGCGUUGGCGCUGCGUCUAGGGAUCAUCGUGUGGAUGUUCCAACAACACUGUUCCCUCUUCCAGGUGCCGGCGUACGAGACGCACAUCCGCGACGUGCUACAAAAGUGGUCACAGUUCUGGUCCCUGCGAUCCGACCGGCCCGCACGCAAAUGCAACAGCAACAGCAACAACGACAAUGAUGGCGCCAGACCGAAAGGCUUCUUCGAACACGCCGACGAGUACCGACGGUUCGCCCUGGGCCUGCUCCAGCUCCGACGCGACGAGUAUCGCCAGCUGCGGCUUGAGUCCGCCCAGGCGACGAUUGUGCCGCUGCGGGAGCUGGACGAGACGAGCAUGGAGCAGGUGGCCAACCUGUUGGAUCUGAUGGAGAACCUGGAAAUCUGA